AUGGAGAGGCAAUCAUCAUCUCCUGCCAUGAACAGAACAACCAAAAUCAGCACAGAUGCAAAUGCUCCUUGUCCCGUAGGAGCUUUAACUUCUAGUCAUAAUUUGAACAGUGGAACAGUGUUGGAGAUGAUGGUCAGACCAGGAGAAAACAUAACUCUCUACUGUGACUGUAAAACUUCAACUGGAGAAUUCAUAGUGUGGUACAGGAAUUGCUCUCAUGAGAAACAACCUUCUCUUGUUCUAAAAACAAAGCUUGAGCAAAGACAAUAUAAACCAGGUAUUGAUUACCAAAACUUUCUAAAUCCAUUCCCUAAUUUCCAUCUUGUGAAAAAUCAUUCCUCUCAAUCCUAUGACCUGCUGAUCACAAACAUCACUGAUUCGGAUGAGGGCUUCUACUACUGUGGAACUGAACAGUCUAAGGUGAAGGAAAAAGAAACUAUUAAUCUUGAAUGCCUUUAUAAAUAUGGAAACCUCACCACAAAGAUCCUACUUUGUAAGUAUUCUAGUAAUGAAGAUGUGUGUUAUGCAGCACUGGAAAUCCAGCCAGUAUCUCAGAGACCAAAGAAGAGGAUCGCCCAGAGUUCAGAUUUCAGUGCCUACACAACCAUGAAUAGUUUUCACAUGUAA